AUGUUUAACUCGGUCAACCUGGGCAACUUCUGCUCGCCUUCCCGCAAGGAGAGGGGCGCUGACUUCGGCGAGCGAGGGAGCUGCGCCUCCAACCUCUACCUGCCCAGUUGCACUUACUACGUGCCCGAGUUCUCCACCGUUUCCUCCUUCCUGCCCCAGGCCCCCUCUCGCCAAAUCUCCUACCCCUACUCAGCCCAAGUGCCCCCGGUCCGGGAGGUCUCCUACGGCCUGGAGCCGUCCGGCAAGUGGCACCACCGGAACAGCUACUCCUCCUGCUAUGCGGCGGCCGACGAGCUCAUGCACCGCGAGUGCCUGCCUCCUUCCACAGUCACUGAGAUCCUCAUGAAAAACGAAGGCUCCUACGGCGGCCACCACCACCCCAACGCCCCGCACGCGGCCCCCGCCGGCUUCUACCCCUCCGUCAACAAGAACAGCGUCCUGCCCCAAGCCUUCGACCGCUUCUUCGACAACGCCUACUGCGGCGGCGGGGACGCGCCUGCCGAGGCCCCCUGCUCCGGCAAGGGCGAGGCCAAGGGGGAGCCCGAGGCGCCCCCGGCCUCGGGACUCGCGUCCCGGGCAGAGGCCGGCGCCGAGGCCGAGGCCGAGGAGGAGAACACCAACCCCAGCUCGUCCGGCUCUGCGCACUCGGCGGCCAAGGAGCCGGCCAAGGGAGCCGCCCCCAACGCCCCCCGCACCCGCAAGAAGCGCUGCCCUUAUUCGAAAUUCCAGAUCCGAGAGCUGGAGCGGGAGUUUUUCUUCAAUGUGUACAUCAACAAAGAGAAGCGGCUGCAGCUGUCCCGGAUGCUGAACCUGACGGACCGACAAGUGAAAAUUUGGUUUCAGAACAGAAGGAUGAAAGAAAAAAAACUGAGCAGAGACAGGCUGCAGUAUUUUUCAGGAAAUCCGCUGCUGUAA